UUGGUUUCGACCAACAAAAAACAAAAUAAACUCUACAUUACAUAAGCACAACACACCACAACAGAAAUAAACAAAAAAGAAAAAACAGUACAAAUACAUAAACAAAGGCUAUGUUCAAAGAAUGUACUUCGAAUUAUGCAGGAUCGCGCGUCUUCACGCAUAGUGACGAAAAUAUGAGAGAUAGCGAGCUUUCGGACAUAACAUUGAGUGAACACUGGGACACGUCGACGGAGUCCUCAGUUCGUUGUCACGGAGCCUCCUGCCACUUGAAGCGGGUCCUGCUGGAUUACAAACAGUUCAAGGCCGCCAGGACCAUCCAGCGCCACUGGCGGGGAUUUCUCACCCGGAAGCAACUCAGAAUCCGGAACGAGGCAGCCACCACCAUAAGUAGAUGGUGGCGCGGUUUCUGGGUACGGAAAUUCCAGUUCACGUAUAUCCAGCAGUUGCUUCAACUGCGGAUCAUGCGGUACUAUCACGAAGCGGCCACUCAGAUACAGGCCCUCUUCCGCGGCUGGAGGACGCGGCAGUUCUUCCAGGACUUCCAGGGUAUGAAUACGCUGCGCCUCCAGUACGUCGAGGAUAUACUCAGCACGCUCUACAGGAAACUCUUCGAAAUGAAGAAGGCCAAGCUGUUGCCGGGAGUGUACACUCUGCGAGAGUCUGAGCUGUUGACGAAGAUCGAGGACCUCUCGACCACUUUUGAAUACCGUUUCCACAACGGAAGUGUUCGAGCGGCCCUCGCCAUGAGGCGUUCCGUCAUGGACGACCGGCGGAAGGAAUUCAAAGCGGCCUACGCCUUUUCCAACACUCCGUAUCCGGGUCCCUUCACGGAAGACCCACAGGCUUGCGAAAUAUCAAUGAUAAAGCGAAUGGACACGCGACUGCAGCGCAUCCUUGUGAUGUACGAAAGGUCUAAGAAGGACAAGCACGUGGAGAAGGUGUACACGAACUAUUCGGCGAGACGUCGAAUGACCAUGAAUGUCCAGCGUGAGAAUAAGCGCAUCCGCUUUUGCACGGACUUCGCGAGGCGAAUAACGAAGAACAUGGCAACUAAACAUACGCAUCGCGAUAGUCAAGCAAUUGACGCCUUUCUCGAUGAUCUCCUAACUUCCGCCGACACACAUAACUGUUUUUGUCAGCCCAUGCACACAAUGGAUGAUAGCUUGUGCCAAUAGGCUUUUUCAGCACUGGCCAACCCUGGAAACCAAACAGUGUUGGAAAAUCCGAUUUGCACAAUCGAUUUUAAAUUAUUCCAUUUGUGAUCGUCUAUAUUAUAUUGCAUGAUUACAUAGAACCAAACAAUAAGAUCAAGUAUGGAAUUCUAAAUGGAUAUUAAAUAUUUGAUUCUUUGUUUA